UUUAGGAAUGGCACUAGUGUUGCCGGAAGUGCACAAUCCAAGAUGGCGCUCGAUUCUUGGUUGACGCAGUUCAAAACAGUUGAGCAGUAUGGACAGGAAGUCAUGGAAAAGAUCAACGUACGCAAUCAACAGCGACGGGCCGGAGGAAAUUUCUCAAAGGCUCAGACUGAUGCCAGACUGAUGCUAAAGAACUUUACUCGAGAUGUAGGAUCACUGAAGCAGUCUCUCCUCCGGGCCUCAUCUUCCUACCACAUAACAGAGAGAGAAGUUCAAAGAAGACAGAACAUGCUAGACCAGCUUGUUACCAAAGAAAAGCAGCUCUCCUCAGCCUUUAAUCAAGAGACGACUUCCAAUGAUUUUGGAAGGGACACUCUUCUGGCCGGUAGCUCAAGGGGUCCAAAUCCAUUUAGUUCACCAGCGAUUGAAACAGAUGACAUGUCUGUUGGGGACAUGAGAAACCAGCAGCAACAAAUAAUUUCUGAGCAAGAUCGAGGUCUUGAAGCCUUGUCAAGUAUUAUCCAGCGGCAAAAGAUGAUUGGCUAUGCCAUUGGGGAUGAAGUAGAUUCACAAAACGAGAUAAUUGAUGAAGUCACAGACCAGACAACUCUGACCAACGCGAGAAUUGUCAAGGCAACUACACAUGCCCAAAAAGUCUCUGCCAAAUCAUCCACUUGUGGAAUGCUGGUCGUAAUCGUCCUUCUUCUCAUCACAAUCGUUAUCGUCGGUGUUGUGCCGAAAUAGGCUCAAAAUGCAUUCAACAAAGAACAAUGCUGAUGGAGAGACUGGAUGAAAAUAAGGAGGGGUGUUGACACAUUAAUUGUAGUUUCUCUAUGAACCAUUUUCUCUCAACACUCAACUACUGUUUUAUUUUCUCGCUUGUACCCUUAGUAGAGUGAUUUCCAUUAACCUGUGAACUACACUUUGGCAUAUUACGCAAUAUUGUGAUCUUAUUCCAUUGUUCUCUUUUGUGUUUUCCUGACUAUUACACUUUGACUAUCACACUGUUUCACGGGUUAAUGAAAACCAAUCUACCAUACCAUGCUAUUUACUACAGUUUUUGUCAUACUUUUGGUUUCAUUUAUCUCAUCUGGUUAACGAUGGUGUUUCACUUAAAAUAAAGAGAUUCAAGUGAUUUGUCAGGGCCCAAAAUGUCUAGUUACAGAAAAUAUCCAUACCCAUUGAGGGGGUCGGAGGUAUGACCCCCCACCCCUCUGGAAUUUCCCACCCCUCUGGAAAAAAUACAGUAACUUUAAGGAAAAAGGGCAUUUUACUUUCCCUCUGGAAAUUCCUGGGCGUUUGAGACCCCCACCCCCCUGGAAUUUCUAAUCCCCUCAAUGGGGGGGGGGAUAUUUUCUGGAACCACACAAUGUUGAUUGAUAUUUCGGGGGUGGGGGGAUCGGGACAGGGCUUAGCUAGUUUGAAUUAUUUUAAAAUUUUGACAGUAGAGUUGUAGUCUUUGAAUGUUCUACUUAUAUACGCUGGUUUUCAUAGAUGAAACCUGUGAUAAAUGUCAUUAAAGAAAUGUAAAAAGAGAAAACAAUCCAAUAUUUGCGGCAUUGCUGUAAUAAACGUUGAACCAUUGA